AUGAUAAACCUCGGAUACUGUCCUCUUUCUACGUGUCUCAGCAGGAAAAUUCACGAGAAGUGCAGUUUGCACUAUCACGACAUCUUCCGGCCGGACGAGCCCUUGCAUCCAUACUGGGACAUCUACAGAAGCAACAAAAAAUAUCUCUCAAUUAAAAAACCAAAAAAACCGAAAACAAAAACCGAUGCAAAUAUUCACUCGAGUAAAAAAGUUGUUGGCAAGCAGAGCGAUUUGAAGCAGAACAGUAGAGGAAAAAAUGAUGACGGAGCUGAUAAGGAGGCCAACAAUGCUACUGCCUCGAAACCCAUUAAAUUCAAGUACGAGCCAGAAUGUUGUUUCUGUCCUGAUUUUCACAGGCGGGUUGUUGAUUGCCUGGUUGUGCCGGCAUUCGAAAUUGAGCGAGGAUCCAAUUGUUUCAAGUACAAACGAAAGCCAUUGAAAUCAAAACUGCCCCUCGCAUCUGUAGAGAAAGGAGAAGAUGAUGAUGAAGAAGGUGCCGGUGGUGACGAUGACCACCAAUUCAAACACUCCAAAAAAUUCAAAGAACAAGUCGACGCUCUCUACAAGGACGACCAAAUUAAAAGAGCCAAAAUUGAAAAACUGAAAGCUAAAUAUGAAAAGAAAAAGCCAAAAAUAAAAGAAAAAUCUAAAAAAAAACCUAAAAAAAACUCAUCAAGCAAGCGACAGAAGCAGGAAUUGUUAGAGCUAGAAACGAAUCUGGCUUUGUCUCGAAAGGCAGACGAGGAAAAAUACAAAAGGCUGCUCAAUCCUAAAAAGUUCAAGAACAAACGACCUCUAUACGCAGAUUUCGUCACAGAACCUUACCCAAAAGAAGCCAUAACUUGGAGCGAAAAUGACAGUGAAAAAUCGAAAGAGAAGAAGAAAGAAAAAACAAAAUCAAGUGAGGAGACAGAAAAACAAAACCAAAAACCCAAAAGCGAUAGUAAAAGCAAUAACAAGAAAGUAAAAAGCAAAGGCAAAGGCAGGAGAAUAAAAAAGAAAAGCAAAUUUAUGCCAAAAAACGGGAGGCCUUCUAUCGUUAGUCUCACUAAAAGUAUGGUCAGCGUUGAUUUCGCUAAAAGACUUAGCGCUCGUUAA